AUGACAUGCUAUCUAUUACGAACAAGAAACCUGAUCAAGAACAGGAACAAGGACAAUAACAAGAAAUUAUCAACAAGAACAAGAAAAGCCCCACCUCUCCGAAGGUUAAGGACGGGCAACGAAUACCUGGCUACCCACUGUCAGAGGGCAAAGAGAAUCCAGAGAACGGCCAAGAGGGUGGUCGUGACAGACAAGAACCCUGUGGCACUACACUACGUACCGCACCUAGACCAAGUGUGGGUACUCAACUGGCGCAGUGACCGCGAUCAAGGAGUCAAGACCAUCCAAGUUAUAAGAGAUGCCGCCCAGAAGCGGAAACACCACACGGUACAUCCGGAGCCCAUCGAUGGUCAGUUUGACCUCGUCCGUGACCUCUUCAUGCCUCCCAUACAGGACAUGUCACACAUGUUCAAGUACGGAUAUGUGAGCCACACUAACCAGCGUGGUUUGUACAAGCUGGAUUUGGCCAACAUGCGGUACAUACGGAGCUUGGACCUUACACCCUACAAUUGUGUUCCCCGGAGUAUGCAGUUCUCCGCUCUCUACGGGUUUGUGGUGCUGGAGUGCGAGGAGCCAGUGACAGGACGAGCUACUGGACAGAUCCUGCUAGAUUACCUGACUGACGCCGUCAUUAGCCAGAAGAACGGCCUCUUCGGUAGACCCAUGGUGUCUCCCAACAGCAGAACAGUUGUCACCCUCGACCGAGCCAGAGACGGUGUUACAUUAGUGGUUCAACAGGUGGCAGAGUCUGGAUUGAAAUUUCUGUUCGAUGUGAAGACGACGCUAAAUAUCAGCGACAUGACGUUCUAUCCAUCUCAGACAACACACGGGUACGACCUCUACGCCAGCGCAGUCGACAAAGAGGAUAUACUCUUCCUGAAUCUAGUUACAGGAAAGGUAGAGAUGAUCACAGGGGUGGGGAAGGCGAUGCACCCCUCCCUGGCGCAGUGGGGAAACCCCAAUAGACCGAUAGCGGCUUCCGGUGUGUUCGGGCACUACAUGGUGACUCCCGCCAACGAAGCGCUGUUCGUGGUGAACGGCGAGACGCGCACGGUCAACUGCGAGAUCGGCGGCCUCGUCCACCCCCGCGCGGUCGUCUGGGUCACAAUGCAACUCCAGUGAGCAGACAGACUGUCCUGUGAAUACCCCAUUGUGAUGUUACAAUGUAAAUAAUGUUAAUUUUAUUGUAUCACUUUUGAUAAUAUCACCAAAAUUCUCGUAGUACGUUUUCUUUGCCACGUCACCUUUGAAUGUACUAGUAUACCGUUAGUACAUCACGAGUGAAACAAUCAUUCUUCGUUGUCGCAGUGUGAUACCGCUUUAUUUGUCGCUGUGCUGUGAACCGUACGGUACGCUAUUGUAUGGCCUUUGAACCGCUACCAAGCGUAAAUGCUCACGGAAGGAACAAAGAAAUAUGUUUUGCUGCAAACUAUUCCCCGACACAGAAGUAUUUAUUGUUGGCCGUUACCCUCACGUUUUUAUUGCCGUAGCUUUGCAGCCCGAACAAUGAAAAGUUAUGUGCUUUGUUCGAAUCCACUCGUACAUCAAGUUCCUAAAUUGACAGACACGUGUGUUUGUGCCAUUCGGACCCGAUCUCACGGAAAAUAUAAAGUAGUUUUACCUUUUCAUACUCGUUCUAUGGAACUGUACCUCGAUUGAGAAUGUUUGAGCUUUAUCUCCUUGUUUGGCUAACAGUGGAGUAACUAGUUUCAGCUUUGUACAGGAUGUGUUCGUAUCUCCCAUUCAGAGAAGUGUGCGUGUGACAGCUUAGCUAUCGAGUGCGUCGUGUCGUUCGUUGCCUAGCGUACUUUUACCAUUUUCCUAGAUUAUUGUCGGAUUUAAAUUUCUUGAAUUUUUUGAUUCAUUCAUUCACGUUACUUAUACUAUCAUCUUUUACAAUUCGGUUCUGAUUUGACGGAUUUUUUCAAUGAUAAAGCACGGUAAUUUUCACUGUUAUAUGUCAUGUUUCAUGGACAGUGUGGACUAUUACUUUAUAGGUUUAAUUCAGGUUGAGAUUUGAAGAAAAAUAUUUUUGAUAGUCAAUAAUAAUAUAGAUUGAUCCAAUUGUAUAGUGUCGAGAGACCUGUAGAUUGUCGAGAAAUUAUUAGAACCGCCCCUCAGUAACAUCCCUGCUUGUAGCCGUGGGGAAGGUGCUGCAAUAUUAAACCGUUUUCUAUAACCAGCACCUGUCACUCACUACAAAAGAUAUCAUUUUAGCAAUUCAAUAUUUUUUGCAUCCUCAUGUUGUUAAUAGUAACAUUUCUAGUCAUUUGACAUGAUUGAAUAUAAGAAUGUAAAUGUAAGGAUCAUGCUUUAUAUUGUAAUAUAAUGGUUGUAACAAUAAAAUACUUGUAUAAUUUUACGUAAAA